AUGACAAAACUCAAGAUGGAGGUGGUCGCUGCGGUGGCUGCUUGGGCAGUAGCAUCUACUUGUCACAGCUUGCCUGCUGUUCGUGAUCUGGUUCCGGGACUCUGUCCUAGAGACAUUGGUGAAGCUGGAGAACUACAGAAGAGUCUGUCGCCUGGCGCAAAGGUGUAUUUCCCCGGUUCACCAGAAUUCAAAGCUGCGUCCACUCGUUGGUCUGUAUUGAAUCCACCGACUGUCAAUGUCGUUGUUGUUCCUGCGACUGAAAAGGACGUCUCCGAAACAGUCAAAUAUGCGAACAAGAAGAAGCUGCCUUUCCUGGCUUACAAUGGUGCACACGGAGCCAUCACAACCCUGGGAAAGAUGAAAUCUGGUGUUGAGAUCUACCUGGACCAACUGGACUCCGUCUCAAUUGCAAAGGAUGGGAAAACGGCCACAAUAGGUGGAGGAAUUCUGUCCAAGCAAGUUACUGACAAGCUGUGGGCUGCUGGAAAACAGACCGUUACCGGUACUUGCGAAUGCGUCAGUCUCAUGGGCCCAGCCCUUGGUGGCGGUCACGGUUGGCUUCAGGGCCAUCACGGUCUUGUAGCGGAUCAAUUCGUUUCCAUGAACAUUGUCCUGGCCAACGGACAACUCCAAACCGUUAACUCCAAGUCGGAUCUCUGGUGGGCGCUCAACGGUGCUGGCCACAAUUUCGGCAUUGUUACAUCCGUGACCACCAAGGUCUAUGAUAUUCAACAUAGCGACUGGGCCAUUGAGACCAUUAUCUUCUCUGGUGACAAAGUUGGCGCCGUGUACGACGCCGCCAACAAUUACCUGCUCAAGAAUGGCACGCAACCGGCGGAUGUUAUCAACUGGUCAUACUGGCUGCAUGACCCAACUACCGACCCCAACAACCCCAUCAUCAUCUUCUACAUUAUUCAGGAAGGUGUCAAGGCCGUUGAUGCCAAGUACACCAAGGCAUUCCACGACAUUGGGCCAAUUGCUGUGACCCCAAUCAGUGGAACAUAUAAGGACCUCGCUGGUUGGACUGGUAUUGCCACAACCUCCCCUCCUUGCCAAAAGGCUGGCCUAGCCAACCCCCGAUUCCCAAUCUAUCUGCAGUCAUAUAACGUUGCUGCGCAGAAGAAAGCCUACCAGGUCUUUGCCUCGGCCACUCAAGGCUCCUCUGCCUUCAAUGGCUCUCUUUUCAUGUUCGAGGGAUAUCCAGUUCAAGGUGUCCAGGCAGUUGAUAGCAAAUCUAGUGCAUUUGCUUUCCGUGAUGCUCAUCUGUUGGCUGCUCCCCUGAUCACUUACAAGCCCAGUGGAGCCGAUCUCGACAAGAAGGCGCAGGAUCUCGGCAACCAACUGCGUGAGAUUCUUCACCAGGCUAGUGGUAUUUCUGAUGUUCGAGCAUACGUCAACUACGCGUAUGGUAAUGAGAACCCCAAGGUCUGGUAUGGUAGUGAGAAAUGGCGCCAGGAUCGCCUGGCUGCCCUGAAGAAGAAGUAUGACCCUUCCGGCAAGUUUAGCUUCUUUGGACCAAUUGCCUAA